ACAUAUUUUCUUUAUAAUUGUUCACAGAUAUGGCUCUAGUUCUAAAAGGUAAAGUUAUUACUGAACUUGGUAUCCGUAGUCCUGCUUCUAGCUUCUUCAGUGUUUUCAUCAAGCAACUCCACAAUCUUCAAAACAUUGCUGGGAAAGUGCAUGAGGCCAAGGUGCAUCAAGGUGAUGACUGGCAUGGUACUGAUACUGUUAAGAUCUGGACUGUAACUCUAGAUAGAAAAGUGCAGACACUUAAGGAGAGCAUUGAAGUUAUUGAUGAGCAGAACAAAUCAGCAACAUUCAGCGUAUUUGAUGGAGAAGUAAGUAAGAAUUAUAAGACCUUGAAGAUCAACCUACAAGUGAUUGAUAAGGAUGAUACCGAUGGCGUUGCUAAAUGGACUUUUGAUUAUGAGAAGCUCAAUGAGAACAUUGCACCACCAUAUCACUUCUUGGACUACAUAACUGAGAUUACUAAAGAUGUUGAUGCUCAUCUUCUGAAGGCAUAGCCGCAAUAAGCGCAAUAAAUUAAAGAAAAUAAUUAAAUAAAUAAUGAAUAAGAGUUGUUUGGCACAUGAGAUAAGUGCAUAUAAUUAUCUAAAAUGUUUGUGUGAACUAAGCUUAUUAAAGAAUAAAGUUGUUUAAGGUUUCCUUUGUUGGUCGUUCCCUUGUACUAUGUGAACUAGAAGAAGUCAAUCUUCUAAUACCGUAUAUUAUAUGAUUUUAUGUUUGAUUA